GAUAAGACCAAACCAAGGACGUUACGAUUCUUCCUUGCAAGUGCUCUGCUUCAUCAUUUCCCUUUACUUCAUCAUCUUCUUCUGCUUCUUGACCAGCUAAUUUAUUGGCAAACAACAUUACCCAGAAUCAGAAUCUCCAUUUCUCGAAGAGUCAUGGCAAAACCUCAUAUAAGUAUAACCAUGGAGGUUGGAAACGACGGCGUUGCAGUCAUCUCCAUUUCCAAUCCUCCUGUUAAUGCCUUAGCCUUUCCAAUUCUUGAGGGGUUGAAGGAGAAGUUCCAGGAGGUCGCGAGGAGGAACGAUAUUCAGGCCGCCGUUGUGACUGGCAAGAAUGGAAAGUUUUGUGGUGGUUUGGACAUCAACAUCAUGCAGACCGUUCACCAGACUGGGAAUGCUUCAAUUCUCCCUAGUGUAUCCGUUGAUCUUUUGAUCAAUUUAGUUGAAGAUUGUAAGAAGCCUGUUGUUGCUGCUGUGGAAGGAUUAGCGCUUGGAGGUGGCUUAGAACUAGCAAUGGGAUGCCAUGCACGCAUUGUUGCACCUAAAACCCAACUUGGAUUGCCAGAGUUGUCACUUGGAAUAAUUCCUGGUUUUGGAGGAACGCAACGACUUCCAAGGCUUGUAGGACUGUCAAAGGCCAUUCAAAUGAUGCUGUCAUCCAAACCGAUCAUGUCUGAAGAGGGGAAGAAGCUAGGUCUUGUUGAUGCCGUUGUGUCUUCUCAAGAACUGCUGAAAGUAUCUCGGCAAUGGGCUUUAGACAUCAAAGAAAGGCGAAAACCAUGGUUGCGUUCUCUUCAUAAUGUAGACAAAAUUGGUUCCCUUUCUGAAGCACGUGAAUUAUUGAAAGCUGCCAGAGAACAUGCCAAGAAGACUGCCCCAAAUCUGCCUCAGCAUCAAGCAUGCCUUGAUGUAAUUGAGGAAGGCAUUGUUCAUGGAGGAUAUUAUGGAGUUCUAAAGGAAGAAAAAGUAUUCAAGGAGUUAGUUUUGACAGACACUUCUAAAGGUCUUAUUCAUGCCUUCUUUGCCCAGCGUGCAACAUCGAAGGUGCCCAAUGUCACUGAUCUUGGGCUCAAACCAAGGGAAAUAAAGAAAGUUGCUGUCAUUGGUGGAGGUCUAAUGGGUUCUGGCAUAGCUACAGCUCUUAUCAUGAGCAACAUACAUGUUGUUCUAAAAGAAAUUAAUUCUGAAUAUCUUUCCAAAGGAAUAAAGAUAAUAGAAGCAAAUAUUCAGAACCUCGUAACAAGAAGGAUGUUGGCACGGGAUAAGGCAGACAAAGCCCUUUCAAUGCUCAAAGGUGUAUUGGACUACUCAGACCUCAAAGAUGUUGAUAUGGUCAUAGAGGCAGUUAUUGAAAGCAUUCCUUUGAAACAAAAAAUUUUUAGUGAAAUUGAGAAGGUCUGCCCUCCUCAUUGCAUCUUGGCAACAAAUACAUCUACUAUUGACCUCAAUCUUGUUGGAGAAAAGACCAGUGCUCAAGAUCGCAUUAUAGGUGCACACUUUUUCAGUCCUGCUCACAUAAUGCCUCUUCUGGAGAUUGUACGCACAGACAACACUUCUGCACAAGCAAUUCUUGAUCUCUUGACAGUUGGGAAAUCUAUAAAGAAAGUUCCUGUUGUGGUGGGUAACUGCACUGGUUUUGCAGUCAACCGCACUUUUUUCCCCUAUACACAAGGUGCACUGAUUCUGGUCAGCUUAGGUGUGGAUCUGUUCAGAAUUGACAUGGUUAUCUCCAAUUUUGGCCUCCCUAUGGGCCCUUUCCAACUUCAGGAUUUAGCUGGAUAUGGAGUUUUUGUUGCAACGAUGAAAGAGUUUGCUAAUGCAUUUCCUGAUCGUACAUUCUCAUCUCCUUUAGUUGAGCUUCUAAUUAAAAGUGGACGAAAUGGUAAAAACAGUGGGAAAGGAUACUACAUUCAUGAGAAGGGGAGGAAGCCAAAACCUGAUCCUUCAGUGCUACCAAUCAUUGAGGAGUGUAGGAGGCUUACCAAUAUUAUGCCUAAUGGAAAGCCUAUAAAUAUUACUGACCAAGAGAUAUUGGAAAUGGUCCUAUUUCCAGUAGUAAAUGAAGCAUGUCGUGUUCUGGAUGAGAGAGUGGUAGUUCGAGCAUCAGAUCUUGACACUGCCUCUGUUCUUGGAAUGAGUUUCCCAUCUUAUCGUGGUGGCAUUGUUUUUUGGGCAGACUUAGUUGGAGCUAAACAUAUAUAUGCAAGCCUGAAGAAAUGGUCUCAAUCAUAUGGCAACUUCUACAAACCAUCGAAGUAUUUGGAAGAAAGGGCUUUGAAAGGCAUGCCGUUGAGUGCCCCAGCUUCGUCACCAUCAUCAUCAUCAAGGUCGCGCAUGUAGGCUGCAAUUUCUGUAUUAAAAGUACCGCUCAAGCAUUGUGAGCCUCAGCCAAAAUAAAUGUUUUUUGUUUCCUUGUAUUAACAGCGAUCUUAGUUAUUCAAAUCAAAUUUCAAAAGUUGUUUUUUCAGUUAAUUGCAAUAUUAUUAAAAUUUUAAAUUAUUAGACGGAAAGAAUUGCGCCGGAUA